UCUUUAUAUAAUAGGUUCAUUGCCUCUCACCGCCCAUUAAGCCCAAAACAGAGCUACCAACCACGCUAUCCUAUCAACAUCCAACAUCGAUCAUGGUGGGUCAAUGGACGGUGACCAAGCCAGGCCGGAGCGACGAGGUUUUGGAGGCAGACCAACAGCAGAGGAUCACCGCUCAGAUCAGAGCUCACUUCGAUUCCAUAACCCCGAAGCGACCCGCCAAGCCCAGCAGAAGCGAAUCCGACUCCCCGCUAAGUUCUCCUUCCCACGCCGCCAACGGAACCAUCCCGGAGCUUCACAAGUUCCGAACCCUUCAAUCUCAAUCUCAGUCUGAGUCCCAUGCCAUGAUAUCAACAGAUGGGAGUGGUAUGUUGCAAGAGGAAUUUGUGGAGACGCACUACUACAAGGAGUUGGGUUCUAUUGACAAACAGCAUCACACGACUGGAACUGGGUUUAUAAAGGUGGAGAGGAGAGGAGUUGAAGAUGGGUACGGACUCCAGUUGCAAAGGAGGGAGAACAGAGAAAUGAUGCUGAGGGGCUUCAAAAGCAACCCUGCAACAAACGACUGGAUUCCAAGCCUCGAAGAAGAUGAGGUGGGCUAUGUCUCCUCAAAACCCAGUCGGAGCGAGAGUUGUUAGACGGUGAGAGGAAAAGUUGUAUCAACUGGGUUUCCUUUAAUUUAAAUAAAAUUUUCUUCUAGAUAAGGAUUGCUUUGGUUUGCUUGCAAGUCUGAAAGGGUUUAUGAAUAAAAAAACUCUCCAUUAUUGACUGACUA